CCGCAUGACAUGCACUCGUUAUCGGAGGCGAAUUUCUAGAGAUCAUGAGCUCGCCAGCGACCAAGAGAGCGCGGCUUUCCACCUCGAGGAUCUCUCUAUCUGGCCGAAAGAGUCUCCAGGGUGGUGCCUCGAGCCUUCCUCGUCCCUCUUCAGCAGCUGCGGUGCAUAGACAGACAAGCACGCAACCUUCGUACGACUUCAUCACUGGCGGUAACACCGACGAGGCCCCUCAACAACCACUGCGACAAUCGAGAUUUCGCCAAUCGUCAAUCGCUCGGCCGGACAACACGCGCGAUGAGAAUCUCAGAGCGCGCAUCAAUUCUCUCGAAUAUGAACUGAAAAAUUUGCAACAGGAGCGCAGCUUGCUUGUGCUGCAACACGACAAAGAACUUCGAGACCAGCAAGCACGAGCCGAAGCCGAUUUCAAAAAGUACCAAAAUGCGGAAAGUCUUUCACAGAAGUCGUCUCAGCGGCAGGAGACACUGGCCAAAGAACUGCGCCAAGCCCAAGAUGAACACAUUAACGAGAAAGUGGCACUGGAGCGGAAACUGAGGGAUUUGCAAGACCAGAAUGCUUCUCUCAAGGAAGACGCCGAAGAUGCCCAGGCUCGACUAUCGGAUCAGGAAAGACAUUACCAAUAUCAGGUAAAUGACGUUGAAGCCAAACGGUCGUCUUUGCAAGAGACCCUGGAAACGGUUAAGCGAGAGCUGGAGGAAUUGUCGCAGCAUUACGAGGGCACUCAGGCUCGCCUGUCAGAACGUGAUGAUCAGAUCGCGAGCCUGGAGGCAGAAAUUGCCUCUUUGAAAUCUCACUCUGCUGAUGGCGAGGCACUUCAACUUGUCCAAAGCCAGUUAUCAGAGCAGGUUGCCCACAUUCGCAAACUGGAAUCUACCAACAGGGAGCAACUCAAUGAGCUACGGCGGCUACGUGACGCUUACCGGAGCGUUCAGGUGGUUGAAGAACAAAAACACGGGCUGGAGGUUGAGUUGCAGGUGCUAAAGGAUGUUCAGCGUCAACUCGGAGAGGCACAGAUACAGAGAGAGAUCCUGGAAGACGAGAAGCGAAUGUGGACGAGCCUUCUAGAACGGGAUGGACAGGAGCAAGAAUUCGAAUCGCCCGAAGCGGUAGUCCGAGCAUUAAUCAAACAACGGAUCGAAUUUGCAUCACUCACCGAUCGGCUCGGCACUGUCGAGAGCGAAUUAUCCGAGAAAGAUGAGAUGAUCAAAGGAUUGGAUUCCGAGAAGAAUGGACUUAAGGCCGAAUUGGAGCGUGUCAAGUCUGCACAAAAUGCUCUGACAGAACCCAGUAUGGACAACAAGGCGUACAAGAGACUUGAACGUCAACGUGUGCUUGCAGUAAAAGAGGUAGAAUACCUCCGCGCCCAACUCAAGACAUUCGAUACUGAGGAGACGGUCUUGAUGGAGAACGCUAAUUACGACCACCAGCGGGCGGAGCAAAUCAAGCAACUCGAGGUUUUGGUUGACCAGUACAAGUCAGAAGCACAAGCGACUCAUGCCGAAUUGGUCAAGCUAGAAAAGGCGACUCCACCAGUCCCUACCACUUCGGAAGAGCCACGGGGAGUCAAAAGAUCAGCGGAAUCCUUGGAGGAGGGUGACCACGGCCAGCAGAUUGGACCACUGUUGCGAAAGAACAAAAAUCUCCAGAUUGCGCUACAGAAGACGGCGCAGCAAUCUCAACUUUUGGCGACGGAACUACAGGCAAGCAAAGCACAGCUCAAGGCACUUCGAGAAAGCUCCAAGACGCGAGUGCUGGAGCUGCGGGACAAUCCAACAGCGAAUGCUGAAAGGGUCAAGAUGUCGACUCUCCGAACCUUGAAAGAAGAAAACGCCGACCUCCUCGCCCAGCUUCGAGGAGAAGAUUUGACGGCAGUGCAGAGCGUACCUACGAGCAGUUUGGAUGCUCUUAAACUUGAUCUCAAAGACAUGGAGAUGGUGGUGGCUGACAAGGAAAAGCGGAUGCGGCGACAGCGUGAGAUCUGGACGCAGAAGGCGAGCGAGUUCCGAGACGUGAUUGCCAGCGUUUUGGGAUACAAGGUCAACUUCCUGCCCAACGGGAAAGCCAAGGUGUCGAGCUUGUAUCAUGGACGACCGCAUCAGGAUGGGGAAGGUGACGACGAAGACGACGAAGACGAGGAUGAGGAAGACUAUAUCAUUUUUGAUGGAGACCAAGGCACAAUGAAGAUCAGUGGCGGGCCUGACAGUGCCUUUGGAAAGGAAAUUAAGGAUCUGGUCAAUUUCUGGGUCAAGGAGAAGAAGCAGAUUCCCUGUUUCCUCGCAGCCAUGACGCUGGAGUUUUAUGAGAAAUUCUCUGGACGAGUUGCCGAAGAUUAAUGUAUGAUUAUAAUGGUGGGAUUUGGAUGAUUGAACGGUUGAAACAAUCAUUAGCUAUUUUGGACGUCUUCUGCGCAAUAAAGCUCGGUCAUGAGGCACGCGGUUGGAUGUGCGCCUUUACAAGUCAUACACUCAUCAUCAUCGUA